UUUAAUAUGGUUGUGACCAUUGUGUAAUUGUGUAAUAUCUGUGUUUAUUGUUUACAACAACAACAAUGGAAUAUUACGUUGCGGGCUCAAAUUUGUUUAAUCAAUGGUUCGAUGAUCUAGAUUUUUUUUCAGAAUUUCGUAAAAUGUCUAAAGCUGAAGAUCCAAAUUUUGACUUUAGAUUGGCUAAUUUAAUACAAAUCAAUUGGUCAUAUAAUAUAUUUCAACUAAGAAAAAAUCUUUAUUUAUUGGGCGCCUUUGACGGUAGGAAAAUCGCUAAGAAAAUUGAUAUACCAGAAGAGUGCAGAAAAUCGCCACUCGUUGCCGGUAACGACUACAACUUGGUUAUUGGCCACAAUAAUUCGAGUGCCCUUUGGAUAUUGAAUUUGGAAGAUAAUAGCAUAAAGAAUGUUUAUUUGGAUAGAGAAUUACCUCUUGAAGUAUCGCCCAAACGUAAUAAAACAGAUAAUGAGAUACAAAAGCUUGCUGUUAAUAAUUUUUCAUGCCUCUACCUUACUAAAGGCAAGAAUGUUUAUAGCGGAAUACUUCCAAGUUACAUAGAUACAAGCCACUGUAAUGGACAUAUAAUUGAUGUUGUUUGUGGUUAUGAACAUUACAUGCUUCUCACUAGUACUGGUUAUGUCUAUACUUGGGGAGAUGGCAGGAGAUUGCAACUAGGUCAGGAUGAUACAAGCAAUUUAGAGACACCCACACAGGUUGAAGCCCUGGCUGGAAUAAAAAUUAUUAAAAUAAAAGCAGGUGGGUGGCAUUCCAUGGCACUCAGUGAAUUUGGGGAUCUCUAUGUUUGGGGCUUGAAUGACACUGGUCAAUUAGGUAUAAAGGAAAGUGAAAAUGACUUAAAAAGCUAUGCUUUACCAAAGUUAGUUGAUCUAUAUGAUGAUAAUGAAGAAGUUCAUCUCCAAAUUAAGGACAUAGCCUGUGGCUCAAAGCAUUCUGUAUUAUUAUUAGAAGAUGGCUCAGUUUGGACCACUGGUGCAAAUAAAUAUGGACAACUAGCAUGCCCACAAUAUCCAAACUCAAAAAAUUUCAAUAAAGUCUGUGUAAUCAAAGAAGCAUGUAGACUGAAAUGUGGACCAUGGACAACUGUAAUUGUAUGCAAAGAUACUUAAGAAGCCCUUUAAAACUUUUGUUAAGUAUAUUAUGUCAAACUAUAAUAGACUUGUCGAUAGUAACACAUUUACAUAAAAAAAUAUUGUGUUGGGUUAUGCUUAUUAUGUAGAUAAUAUAUUAUUACAUAA